GCGCGCAUCUCCCGCCUCUUCCGCUCUCUUUUUCACAGGCGACCCCCACCCCCCUUUACACCCAAAAACGCAGCGCAGCAGUGAAGAAGUGUGUUGAUUUCUACUGGCACAGCCGUUCCCCUCACCCAGCAUCUUUUCCGCCUGCUGCUGCUGCUGCUAGCUCCAUCCCCUUGCUAAGGUAGCUGCCUAUAGCCUCAACCCCUCUAACCCCCAUUCAUGGCAAUUACCACGAUGUGUCACCCCACCACAUCGCCACCUCCGUUGCUGCCCCCCUAACCCUGGUUGCUUUCCCUUCCCCUGCAACCCCACCCCACCCUUCUCAUUAAUCACUUCGCUCCCUCGGCUCCGCGUGCUGAGGUACCUGCUGCUUCGCUUCUCGUGCUUCGCGCCUGUGUCGCGUCCAACGCCGCCGCGAUGACGGGGAUCGACCUCAACGACACCGUGGAGGAGGACGAGGAGGAGACGGAGGAGAUGGUCGCCAACAACAGCUGCUCCCAGCAGAGCCGGACCAGCUCCGCGGCCACGGGGACGUCGCCGCCGACGCCGGCCCAACCAAGGCCGAGCGCGGUGUGCCUCGAGCUGUGGCACGCGUGCGCCGGCCCCGUCGCGCCGCUGCCGCGGAAGGGUAGCGUCGUGGUGUACCUCCCGCAGGGCCACCUCGAGCACCUCGGGGACGCCGCGGCGGACGGCGGCGGCGCACCGGCCCCCGCCGCCGUGCCGCCCCACGUCUUCUGCCGCGUCGUCGACGUCACCCUCCAUGCCGACGCGGCCACGGACGAGGUGUACGCGCAGCUCGCGCUGCUCGCCGAGAACGAGGAGAUCGCGAGGCGGUUGCGCGGAGGAUCGGAGGACGGGAGCUGCGGCGGCGACGCCGAGGACGGGGACACCGUGAAGCAGCGCUUCGCGCGGAAGCCGCACAUGUUCUGCAAGACGCUCACGGCCUCCGACACCAGCACGCACGGCGGCUUCUCCGUGCCGCGCCGCGCCGCCGAGGACUGCUUCCCGCCCCUGGAUUACAGUCAGCAGCGGCCGUCUCAGGAGCUUGUGGCGAAAGAUUUGCACGGCACCGAGUGGAGGUUUCGCCACAUCUAUCGAGGCCAGCCCCGCAGGCACCUUUUAACCACUGGAUGGAGUGCAUUUGUCAACAAGAAGAAGCUUGUCUCAGGGGAUGCCGUACUAUUUCUUCGAGGAGAUGAUGGGGAGCUUCGACUUGGAGUGCGCCGUACAGCUCAGCUUAAAAAUGGAUCUGCUUUUCCAGCGCUUUAUAACCAAUGUUCAAAUCUUGGUACACUAGCUAAUGUUGCACAUGCUGUGGCCACGAAAAGUAUGUUCCACAUCUACUAUAACCCCAGGUUAAGUCAGUCUGAAUUCAUCAUACCCUACUCAAAGUUUAUGAAGAGCUUGAGCCAACCAUUUUCUGUGGGGUUGAGGUUCAAAAUGAGAUAUGAAAGUGAAGACGCUACGGAAAGAAGAUACACAGGGAUAAUAGCAGGAAUCGGCGAUGCUGACCCUAUAUGGCGUGCUUCAAAGUGGAAAUGUUUGCUGGUGAGAUGGGAUGAUGAUGUAGAUUUCCGCCGACCAAACAGGGUUUCUCCUUGGGAGAUUGAACCGACCAGUUCAGUUUCAGGAUCCCAUCUGUCUACACCAAAUUCGAAGCGACUAAAACCAUGUCUUCCCCAUGUUAAUCCAGACUACCUAGUUCCACAUGGAAGUGGUUGCCCUGAUUUUGCGGAAUCUGCCCAAUUCCACAAGGUCUUGCAAGGUCAAGAAUUAUUGGGUUAUAGAACUCACGAUAGUGCUGCUGUUGCUACUUCUCAGCCAUGUGAAGCAAGGAAUAUGCAGUACACUGAUGAGCGAAGUUGCUCCAAUGAUGUGAGUAACAAUAUCCCUGGGGUUCCAAGACUAGGUGUUAGAACACCACUAGGAAACCCUGGGUUUUCCUACCAUUGCUCUGGCUUUGGGGAAUCUCAAAGAUUCCAAAAGGUCUUGCAAGGUCAAGAAGUGUUUCGGCCGUACCAGGGAACUCUAGUUGAUAGGUGUAUGAGAAAUGGUGGCUUUCAUCAACAAGAUGGUCCUCGUGCACCUAGUGUGGCAGAUAAAUGGCAUGCACAACUCCAUGGAUGUGAUUUUCGUGGGCCACUAGCACCAGUGCUUCCAUCUCAAUCCUCAUCUCCAUCUGUCCUAAUGUUCCAACGAGGUAAUUCAAAGAUGUCCCAAUUUGAAUUUGGGCAUGGCCACUUGGAUAAGAAUGAGGAUGAUAGACGUGCUAUGAUUGGCCAUGCUGAAGGUACUGGAAGAACAAAGCAAAUGUUGAUGCGCUGGCCUCAUCAUGCAUCUGGUGAAGUGGUAGAUGGACACGUUACUGUUGAAAAAUUGCACUCUACUGUUGGUGUUGGAAAGGAUGGACCAGAUAACAGGGAAGUUCGUACAAAUAGUUGCAAGAUAUUCGGCAUAUCUUUGACUGAAAAGAUUCCAGCAAGAAAAGAAAAGGAUUGUGGUGAUGCCAAUUAUCCAUCUCCAUUCCAGUCUUUGACGCAACAAGUGCCGAAAUGCCUGGGCAAUAGCUGUGCCACUGUUCAUGAGCAAAGGCCUGUUGUUGGCAGGGUGAUUGAUGUUUCAACAAUGGACAUGAUGAUCUGAUCUGUUAGCUUCAUAUGUUACUAUUUCCAAAUUAUCCUGGAGGUGAAGAAAUGCUAGGCCUGCUACCGUCUUCAUGUUGGUGAUACUUACAGCAUCUAAGCAUACGAGCUGAUCUUUUCUUGUGGGUGUGUGCUCAUUAUAGCUUAAAUAUUUUUUGCAGCACUUCUCUAUUGUGUAAUAUGGGUACUCUCAGGUUGAUGAUUGGGUCCAAUGAAGAUGGAUGAAUCAAGGGCGCUGAUCAAACUUAUAUCUUAGUCUUGGAGCUCUUAGCAUGACGUGUCUAAGUGCUUCUUGUUAUCAGCAUUUGCCGCUGCUGUGACUUGACUCUAUGCUUAUAUGCUGUAUGCUUUGACAAACCCAUUUAUAGAGGGUUUUGUUUGUAUUAUCACCGUUCUAGACUUUCAAGUAUUAUGAAAACAUAAUUUGCUUGGUGCUGCUUUGCGCCUCUGCCUCCUUA